AUGUCCUCGUACCAGGAUGAUGACGAGGUUCAAGUUCCAGAAACAUCAUCGCCUUCUAAGGAACAAUUACAAUAUUCAUCAUCUCCAUUAAAGGGCAAGGCAACUGACACACCAACAAAACCAGACUCAAUGUCUGUAUUACGUGAUAAAUUUACAUUUAACCCAAAACCUCAUACCGCCAGUACCACUACCAGCAUGGCUGGUGCAGCUUCAAUGAAAACAAACCCAAUAGUAUCUUCAUUAGGUGAUCAAAUCUCAGCAUUAGAAGGUCUCUCCAAAGAAUACCCAGGUUUCUCAAAGACUUUACUCCAAGCAGUCUUAAAAUCAAACUCAUAUAACAUAACCCUAGCUCGUGAACGACUAACAAAGAUCUUAAAUCAAAGAGAAAAAUGGUCCACCAAGAAAGCAACCACUCCGUCACCAUCCCAAUCACCACAACCUACCCAUCGUACACGUCUACCAACGCUAAUCAACACACGCAAACAACAGUUGAAUAACAACAACACUGCUGCUGCAACGCAAGCAUCAUCCAAAAUUACCCUAGCUAAACAAAAAACAUCCAUUUUCGACCGAUACUCAUCAGUAAUCAACAAGACGAAAAAAUCAAACAUCGCUUCCCCGAUUAACGAUCCAUUAAAUUUACAAUUCGAUCCAAACUUAUUGAAAAAAAUCCCACAACAUAACGCGAAAAAGACUUUGAAAAGGUUGAUUCGCGGUAAUGAACGUGAUAUCCUUCUAAGGAAAUGGAACGAUGAUAAACCUACUUUGAAAAAGCAACGGAAAAAUCCAACGAUACUCCCUAAUGAUAAUGAUGAGGAGGAAGAGGAAAGUGAACAAGAAGAUGAGGAUUUGACUGUGGAGGAGGAGGAAAUUAGUGAUGAAGAGUAUGAGGAGAAAGUUGCCGUUUUGGAUAUCGAUGAUCAAGUUUUCAAAUUUAUUAAUGAGGCUGAUACUUUAGACUUGGCAGAUUUGGCUGAUACUACGUUUGAGAAGGCUAAGCUUAUUGUUUCAUUGAGACCGUUUGCAUCAUUGUAUGACUUUAAGAAUAGACAGUUGGAACCGAAAGCAAAAGAAGGAGAAGAAGAUUCAACAAAGGGUGUAGGUAGGGGUAGGGGUAGGAGGAAGAAUGUCAAUGUUAAUGAAAAUGAAAGGAUUUUGGAUAGAAUUACUUUGAAUAUUAGAGGUUAUAAUGCUAUUGAUUCUUUAAUCAAGAAAUGUUCAUCUUAUGGUAAUUUAGUUUCUUCACAAAUGGCGAAAUGGGGGGUUACAAUGGAUGAUAUUACAAAUAAUAAUGAAUUGAAUAUUAUUGAUGAAGAAGACGAAAAAAAUCCUCAUGAUGGGGUAGUUGAAGAUUUUGAUGAAACUGAAGUAAGUAAUUCUACAACCCCAGUGCCUAUAUCUAUACCGUCUUUAAAGAAAGAGGAAGAAGAAGAAGAAGAAGCUCACAAUAAUAAGAGUACUGGAAACGAUGCUUCAGGUUCUGAGAGCGAGUUUGAGGAGGAUGAGGAGGAUAUUGCAGAUGAUAGUGAUGAAGACUAUGAUGAAGAUGAAGAUGCUGUCGUCAAAUCCAACAGGAAAAAAUCCCAAAAGCAAGAACCAGCCCCAUUGAAAGUGAAUGUACAAAGGAAAGGUAUAGUUAAAUAUUUCAAAGGGAAACCAAGAUUGUUAAAUCCAGAAAUGACAUUAAAGGAUUACCAACAAACAGGUAUCAAUUGGUUAAAUUUACUUUACCAUAAUCAAAUGUCAUGUAUUCUUGCUGAUGAUAUGGGUCUUGGGAAAACAUGUCAAGUAAUUUCAUUUUUUGCAUAUUUGAAACAAAUUAAUGAGCCAGGUCCACAUUUAGUCGUGGUUCCCUCAUCAACGUUAGAGAAUUGGUUGAGAGAAUUUCAAAAAUUUUGUCCCAGUUUGAAAAUUGAACCGUAUUAUGGGUCACAAAAUGAAAGAGCAGAAUUACGUGAAAUCUUGGAAAGAAAUAGUGGGAAAUAUGAUGUUAUUGUCACGACAUAUAAUUUAGCUGCAGGUAAUAAGUAUGAUGUUUCAUUUUUAAGAAAUCGUCAAUUUAACGUUAUUGUGUAUGAUGAGGGUCACAUGUUAAAGAAUUCAUUUUCAGAACGUUUUAACAAGUUAAUGAAAAUCAGAGGUAAUUUUAGGUUAUUAUUAACUGGUACACCAUUACAAAACAAUCUAAAGGAAUUAAUGUCAUUGUUAGAGUUUAUUAUGCCACAAUUGUUCAUAUCGAAGAAGGACUCAUUAGCUACAGUUUUCAAACAACGUGCCAAGACCACUGAUGAUAACCAAGGUCAUAAUCCAUUACUAGUUCAAGAAGCUAUUGAUAGAGCCAAGACUAUGAUGACACCAUUUAUUCUAAGAAGGCGUAAAGAUCAAGUAUUGAAGCAUUUACCCAAGAGGCAUAAUAAGAUUGAAUAUUGCGAUAUGACUAAUUCUCAAAGGGAAAUAUAUGAACAAGAGGUUAAUACUGUCAUGGAGCAUAAGAGAAUGAUUUCUGAAGGUAUAUUACCAGAUGAUCCAAAGGAAAGAGCUAUUAUUCAAAAUUCUAGUUCCAAGAAUAUCAUUAUGGCAUUAAGGAAGGCUUCGAUACAUCCUUUAUUAUUUAGGAAGAUUUAUACGGACAAGAUCAUUUCGAAGAUGAGCGAUGCAAUCUUAGAUGAACCAGCUUAUAGGAAGGAUGGUAAUAGAGAAUAUAUCAAAGAAGAUAUGAGUGUUAUGUCUGAUUUUGAAUUACAUAAGCUAUGUGGGUCAUUCCCUAGAACUUUGUCCCGUUUCCGAUUGAAGAAAGAUGAAUGGAUGGAAUCCGGUAAAGUGAAUGCACUAUGCAAAGUGUUGAAAGAGAUAAUUAUAGAGAAGAAGGAAAAAGUUUUAAUUUUUUCAUUAUUUACCCAAGUGUUGGAUAUCUUAGAGAUGGUAUUAUCUACAUUAAAGUAUAAAUUUUUAAGACUUGAUGGUUCCACACAAGUUAAUGAUAGACAAUCUUUGAUAGAUAAAUUUUAUGAUGAUGAUACUAUUCCUGUAUUUAUUUUAUCUACUAAGGCAGGUGGGUUUGGUAUCAAUUUGGUCUGUGCUAACAAUGUGCUUAUAUUUGAUCAAAGUUUUAAUCCGCAUGAUGAUAGGCAAGCAGCGGAUAGAGCGCAUCGUGUGGGUCAAACUAAGGAGGUCACGGUAACGACGUUAAUAACGAAGGAUUCCAUUGAAGAGAAGAUACAUCAAUUGGCCAAGAACAAACUAGCAUUGGAUUCUCAUGUGAGUGAAGGAGACAAGAAGGCCGAAGAGGCAUUAGAGACGAAAGUAAGUGAUAUACUUGAAGAUAUUAUUUUCAAGGAGGAGAAGAAAACUGUUAAAUAA